AUGACGAGCUUCGCUACCACGAUUGCCGUUCAGAACCUCUGGGCAAAUGAUAAUGCGACUGGUCACAAUGCUGGUUUGCAUUUGACAAGUGACAAAAGCCAUGCGAACCCACAAUCCAUCAUAAUGGAAAAUAUUAAUAUCAAAAUGGAGGUUGACGACGAUGAUUCUACUGACGAGCAAAACACCAUUUUGAGAAGUCUAAAGACCAAUAGUGAACCACGAGACUCGCCCAAUAGCUCUAUGACUUCGCAAUCCGGCGCCUCUUCUGUGCAAGAUAUCAAACCAUCCACGCCCAAAAAGGCUUCUCAAGUCACCAAGGACUAUGAGAGCCCAAGCAAAUAUAUCCACAGUCGUGUUGCAGGCACUUUCAAGGCCAAGUCAUCUAUACCUUCAAGAUUGCCACCUGCAGAGUAUGCUCGUCAAUGCGUGGCUGCAGCUGAAGCAUCUCGACUGCCUCCAUAUGCACUGCACGAAGAAGAACAGAAGCUCUUACAAGACAAGCUUUGUCAGCAGCAUGUAACAGUCUAUCUGAAUAUUCGAAACGGCGUCCUCCGCUUGUGGACACGUAAUCCAGGUGUCAGUGUCAGCAUCGAAGAAGCAAUAGGAUGCGCUCGAGACGAACGCUGGACGCGACUUGCGUGCUUUGCAUGGGAAUGGCUUGUCAGAAGAGGCUAUAUAAACUUCGGCUGCGUUGAGCCACCUGCUAUCUCAAAAACUGUCAAAACCAGAGGUCGACCAAGUCAACGAGAGACAGUCGUUGUAGUUGGUGGCGGCAUGGCAGGCUUGUGCACAGCGAGACAACUAACAAAUCUCUUUCAACACUACCCAGAUCAUCCGACUCCUCGCAUCAUUGUGCUUGAAGGUAGAAAUCGUCUUGGAGGUCGGAUAUACUCGCAUCCUUUGAAUAGCAUGCGAUCCUCUCUACUGCCAUCAGACCAUCGGUCCACAGCAGAAGCAGGCGCUCACAUCAUUAUAGGAUUUGAAGGUGGGAAUCCGCUCGAUGCAAUCAUUCGGGGACAGCUCGGCCUCGACUAUCAUUCUCUUCGAGAUUUAUCAACGCUCUACGAUGUUGAUGGCACGCCAGUAAACGGAGCCAACGAUGUGAUGAUGGAGAAACUAUACAACGAUAUACUAGACCGAACAGGAACAUAUCGACUGAAAAAUAGUUUUAAGAAAACUGCAUCUGGAGAACGAGAAACUAUGGAUGCAGGUCGAGAUCCGCCCGAUACAGACGACACAUUGACCUUGAGACAGUACGAAGAAGCUACGGCUGCUGGUACCAUUGAUCAAUUGAUCACCAAGCGAUCUCGCCGUAGAGGUGCAGGUCAUCGUGCAGCCAAGCAAGACAAUCCGGAAGAACGAAUUGAGACCAGCAUGGAAAGCAAGACACAAUUACCAGCAGCACAAGCAGCAAAAGAAUUUGGGUUCCUGCUACGAAAGAGCACAGAGCUCCAUGAGACACUCGAGAUCGACAGCCUCGCAGAGGAAUUUAAUCAGUCACUCGGUCUUGUCAUGGACGAAAGUGUCAAACAGUACCAGAAAUUUCUUGAUCUCAAGCCAUACGCUCUGCGGCUGAUGAACUGGCAUUUUGCGAAUUUGGAGUACGCUAAUGCAGCAAAUGUUGAUAGGCUAAGCCUCCGAGGAUGGGACCAGGAUACUGGCCACGAAUUUAGCGGACCGCACUCUCAAGUGAAAGGUGGCUACCAACAGCUACCACGAGGCCUAUAUCACUUCCCUACCCAGCUCGACGUACGCACGAACAAACCUGUGAAGAGCAUUCGGUAUGGUGGUGCAGGGACUAAGAGUAGGGCAACCAUAAUUUGUGAAGAUGGAGAAUCCUUUGAGGCAGACAAAGUUGUCUUCACUGCUCCGCUGGGCGUUCUGAAAGAAAACACCAUACAAUUUGAGCCUCCUCUGCCACAAUGGAAGAGAGACGCCAUCCGCAGAAUGGGGUUUGGCUUACUCAAUAAACUCAUCCUGGUCUUUGACAAGCCAUUUUGGGACGUUGAUCGAGACAUGUUUGGUCUGCUUCGACAGCAUCGUCAUGGCAAUGGUUUUGAUCAAACACACUACAAGGAAGGAAGAGGUCAGUUCUACUUCUUCUGGAACACGAUCAAGACGACUGGGCUCCCAUGCCUGGUCUCACUAAUGGCAGGCGAAAGUGCUUUCGAGGCAGAACGCACACCAGACAAUGUGCUUGUGGAGGAGUGCUUGCGCUCGCUUCGCGCAUGCUUCGGAGAGGCGAACGUGCCCAUGCCCCUCGAGAGCGUUGUCACCCGCUGGGGCUCGGAUCGUUUUGCUCGAGGCACAUAUUCAUUUGUUGCUAAAGAAGCUCGACCGGCGGACUACGACAUGCUCGCCGAACCUAUAUCGAACCUACACUUCGCUGGCGAAGCAACUUGUAGAUACUAUCCUGCUACCGUUCACGGUGCUUACCUGUCAGGUCUACGAGUAGCUAACGAGAUUCUCGAGACCAUGACUGGCCCCAUAGCAGUUCCACCGAUACUUGUACCUGCUAAAGAGCUGACACGCAAAGAGCCUGCAGCGACCUCAACGUCUAACAAGACAAAUGCUACCAUCGACCUCACACCUGCAGAGGAUCACCUUAUCAAAGUGCCAGCUCGCAAAGGCGACCCCGUCCUCCCAGCCGGCACAUUCACACGACCUGCGAAGGAGAAGAUCGAUACGUCGCUCAACGAAGCCUACGAUGCAGCCAUGUGGGUGCGCAUCUACGACGAACUCGGUCCACCACCACCCAAGCCUCAAAAGUCCAACGUAAACGCGUACCUCAUGUUCCAGAUGGAGAAAUGGGACGAAGUCAAGACAAAAUUCCAAGGCGCCACUACCGCUUCAGGCCGAAGAGCAGGUAAGGACAAGCACGAAAGAGACAGAGUCCGCGUCGAGAUCGGCCGCAUGUGGAAUGAGCUUGGAGAAGAGGCACAACGUCCAUACAAGGAGACUGUCGAAAAGAACAGAUUUGAGAACGAUCGUGCUUUCAAGGAAUGGCAGCAGAAGGCUCAGGAAUGGGACAAGAGGACUUGGGAAGUGAAAGAUACGUGGAUCAAGGAAGGCAACACUUUUGAGGAGUUUUGCAGUCGGGCAAGGGAGGAAAGGGACGUUAUGGACGGCCGGAGUAUGAAGAGGGAGAGUGAAGAUACGGAUGGCGGGAGUGGGAAGAGGGUUAAGGUGUAA